GUCCGCCGCGGCGCGUCCGACGCCGUCCCCAACCCCGUCCCGACCCCGCCGCCCGCGCGCGCGGCCCUGGGCGGCAGCCGCAUCCCCGGCAUGGUGCUCAAGGCCUUCUUCCCCACGUGCUGCGCCUCAGUGAACAGCGGCCUGCUGGUUGGACGGUGGGUCCCGGAGCAGAGCAGUGCCGUGGUGCUGGCUAUAGUGCACUUUCCCUUCAUCCCCAUCCAGGUCAAGGAGCUCCUGGCCCAGGUGCAGCAGGCCAGCCGGGUGGGUGUAGCCGUGCUGGGCACCUGGUGCCACCGCCGGCAGGAGCCUGAGGAGAGCCUGGGUCACUUCCUGGAGGGCCUGGGCACCAUCUUCUCCCAUGAGCCCUGGCUCCAGCUGUGCCGGGAGAGGGGCAGCAAAUUCUGGAGCUGCAAGGCUACCCGCCGGCAGGUGCCCACCUCCCCUAGUGCCCCUGGCGAGGACCAGGUCAUGCUCAUUUUCUACGACCAGCGCAAGGUGCUGCUAUCCCAGCUGAACCCGCCUGCAGCCUUGCCUGACCAGCAGGCUGGGGAUGCCACGGCCAGUGCGGGGGGCCUGGCUGCCGUCUUCGACACCGUGGCGCGCAGCGAGGCACUCUUCCGAAGGGACCGGUUCGAUGAGGGCCCCGUGCGGCUGAGCCACUGGCAGUCGGAGGGUGUGGAGGCUAGCAUCCUCGUGGAGCUGGCCAAGCGGGCAUCAGGGCCCGUCUGCCUGCUGCUGUCCUGCCUGCUGUCACUCAUCUCAGCUGCCAGCGCCUGCCGGGUGUUCAGGCUGUGGCCACUGUCCUUCAUCUGGAGCAAGCUCUCCACGUGUGAGCAGCUCAGGCACCGGCUGGGGCAGCUCACGCUCAUCUUCAGCACCCAGAAGGCCGAGAACCCUGCCCAGCUGAUGAGGAAGGCCAACAUGUUUGUCUCUGUGCUCCUCGACGUGGCCCUCGGCCUUGCCCUUCUGUCCUGGCUCCAUGGGAAGGACCGCAUCGGGCAGCUGGCUGAUGCCCUUGUCCCCGUGGCUGACCACGUGGCCGAAGAACUCCAGCAUCUGCUGCAAUGGCUGAUGGGCGCACCUGCAGGGCUCAAGAUGAAUCGGGCGCUGGACCAGGUGCUGGGCCGCUUCUUCCUGUACCACAUCCAUCUGUGGAUCAGCUACAUCCACCUCAUGUCCCCCUUCAUUGAGCGCAUCCUGUGGCAUGUGGGCCUCUCAGCCUGCCUGGGCCUGACAGUGGCCCUGUCCAUCCUGUCAGACAUCGUCGCCCUCCUCACCUUCCACAUCUACUGCUUCUACGUCUACGGUGCCAGGCUGUACUGCCUGAAGAUCUGUGGCCUGUCCUCACUUUGGCGUCUUUUCCGGGGGAAGAAGUGGAACGUUCUGCGCCAGCGAGUGGACUCCUGCUCCUACGACCUGGACCAGCUGUUCAUCGGGACUCUGCUCUUCACCAUCCUGGUCUUCCUCCUGCCCACCACGGCCCUGUACUACCUGGUGUUCACCCUGCUCCGGCUCCUGGUGGUCACUGUGCAGGGCCUGAUCCAUCUGCUCAUGGACCUUAUCAACUCCCUGCCGCUGUACUCACUAGGCCUCCGGCUCUGCCGGCCCUACAGGCUCGCGGCUGGUGUGAAGUUCCGAGUCCUGGAGCACGAGGCUGGCGGGCCCCUCCGCCUCCUGAUGCAGAUAAACCCCCUGCCCUACAGUCAUGUGGUGCACACCUACCGCCUCCCCAGCUGUGGCUGCCACCCCAAGCACUCCUGGGGCUCCCUGUGCCGCAAGCUGUUCUUCGGGGAGCUCAUCUACCCCUGGAGGCAGAGAGGGGACAAGCAGGACUGAGGGGCCCUGGCCAUCAGCCCACCCAGCACCACCACCCAGCCGCGGUCAGCCCUCCACCCUGCCAGGUUGUUGCUGACCAGCGGGCAGCACCCGUCCCACACAGUGGCCGAGCCCUGUUCUUUGCCUUCCCUGCCCCCAGCUGUCUGGGGACUCUGCAGGCCCUGCCAGGGCCCUGCCUGUCGCAUCUCCUCCCAACUCUGAGGUCGUGGGGGUGGUGAGCAGGAGGAUGCAGGGGUGGCCAGCUAGGCCAGCUGGCCUGCGCUCCAUCCCUAGCACUGUUUGCCUCCAGACUCCUUCCCAAUUUGUUGUGAUGUUACCGGUAAUCCGAUGCCCACCAGCCCCCUAGGAGCCCUGCUCUGUCCUCUCCCAUCACACCCAGACCCUGCUCGGGGUUUGUAGAACCCCUGUCUUUGGCCACCGUGCGUGUUCCUGGUGGGGUGAGCUGGCAGGUCUCCUUGGCUGCUCCCCGGCAGCCCAUCCUGCCAUGGGGUGGAGGAACCCCUCCCAGAUGUACUCAAUAGUUCUUGAGACUCAGACCCCAGAGCAACUCCUCCCUUGGGGGUUUUUCUGCAGGGUGCACUUGUGGGUCCCUGACGCCUUCCAGCUGCCUCAGUGGUGCAACAGCCAGCCAAUCUAGGGGUCCAAGCAGCUGCUGACCCUGAGCCCAAACCAGCAGCCGCAGUGAGCAAGGGCCCUCCAGGAAGCUGGGCGGCAGCGCCUCUUAUGCCCUGAGUUGUUGAUGCUCCUUGGAGAGAUGGCUUUGCAGGAGGAGCCGCCCACAGGCCUUUGGGUGUCCCUUUGUGAAGCCAGGCCACUCGGCUGCCCUCUUCCUGCCCUGUGCCCCUGUAGGAACAGGCCCCUUGGCCAAACCUUCAUCUCGCCUCACUGGUUCCUCACGGAAGCAGGCAGCUCCUGGGCAGACGUUUCUGCAGCCCCCCAGAGGAGGGGGUCCAGCACUUAGGCUGUGUCUGCCUGCUGGCCGGCCAGCAGAAUCUGAGUGUGGGUGUACACCCCAGAACCCGGGGGAGGAGGCCUGGAGAAGUAGAGGGUGUCACGUGUGGUUUGUCAUCUUAGAGUUGGAAACGUCCAUGCUGUAGGCAGGGGGCCAGUGCUCCCUGUCCAUUGUGGGCACUUGGGACUGUCCACCUCUGCCGCCCGAGCCUUGGCUGCAGGGAGCCUUGGCUGCAGGCCACAGAGUUGGGCGGGACGGGUCCUGGCUCCGCCUUUUUGUGCUGUGACAAUAAAGCCUCCUACGUUUAGA